UGCUGAAGUCGCACCGCUGAAGUCGCACGGAAAACGCGCGAGCGGAAAUCGCGUCGCUCGUCCUCGUUGCUCCUUUGAAUCCUGGCGCAUCUCGUCUCGUCGGCGAUCAUCGCUGCCGUUUGCAAUUCUCAGCUCUGCGCGCCCCCUGCUUUUCCCGAAAUCAAAAACCGAAAAUCCCUAGAACCUCUGGAAAAUUCAGCGUUAAUUAACCAACCACGCCCCUUGGAUUAAUUUGAUAUAUGCAUUUUUUUUCGGUGUUAUGAGCCAGUUGAAGCGGAAAGUCUAGUGCAAAACGAACUCAAAUUACACAUAAAUUUCAAUUGGAAAAGUCGAAGAGGAGGCCGGUCCGCAGGAUUUAUCACCCGACGAUAAUAAUUAAGGCGGCCAGCCAAACGUAGAUACACUUGGUCCUUGCACGCGUACACCAGAGCCGGCACCGACCGCAGAUACAAACCGUUGGAGAUCCAAAUCCAGGCCCAGAUACAGAUACAAAAGCCACCAUGAAUGCCGCACAGAGCGGCGGCCACACGGGUGGUGGUGGUUCCAUGGGCAAGAAGGGCUCCCAAAUGGAGGAACUGGUGGCCAUCUCCCCGGAGCGCCGCAACUGGCGCGGCAUCUUCAUCGCCCUGCUGGUCAUCGCCGCCGUCUUCAGCCUGAUCAUAUUCUCGAUCUUCCUGCUCUCGCCGGAGGACGAGGGCCUGCGGAUCCGGGGUCGCCGCAUGCUGCCCAGCGACAUCCUGGGCAAGAGCCUCCAGUGGAAGCCCUUCAACGGCACCUGGAGCAAUGGUCGAGAGCUCAUCUACCGCGAUCCCACGGGAGGCCUCUCCAUUCUCAAUAUGGCCGAUCUCACCACACGCAUUCUUAUGACCAAUUCCACCUUUCGCCAAUUGAAUGCAGAAUCUUUUCUAGUGGCUCCUGACCAGAAAUACGUGCUCCUCCAGUCGGACUCCAAUGCCGAGGGCUCCAGACAUCACGUAUACGAGGUGCAGACGGCCAACACAUUCCCGCUGGGACCAACGGAGAACAUAGCGGAGGCGCCACGCCUCCAGCACGUGGUGUGGGCGCCGGCGAAUCCGCCUCCGCCGCUUGGAGCACCGCCACCAAGUGGUUCCAAUGGCGCCAGCACCACCACAAUGGCCCCGCUGCCCAGUGGCAGCAUAAUCCUGAACAGCCUGGCCGGGGCGGCCAAUGGUCCGGUUGCCACGGGAUCCUCCGGCUCCUCUGGCCCAAGUGCCAAUGGCAAGCCAGGUGGCUACUCCCUGAACCAGGCCAUCGCCUUUGUGCACCACAACGACAUCUACUACAAGCCCAAGGUACAGGGCGAACUCGUCUGCCGGAUAACGCAGUCGGGCUCCGGAUCGCCGGAGGGGGAGUCCUCGGGCGUGGUCUUCAAUGGGGUGCCCGAUUGGACGUACGAAAAUGUGCCCGAGCUGGAGAGCCGGAGGAGCAGCAUGCAGUUCUCGCCGGACGGACUCUACCUGGCCUUCCUCAGCUACAACGACAGCGAGGUCAACGAGUACAAAUACACCUGGAUGGGCGACGAUAUCAAGUACCCGGCGGUGAUGAGCCAGCGCUACCCCAAGACGGGAUCCCGCAAUCCGAAUGUGACGGUGAACGUGGUGAAUCUGUCGGUGAUCAAGUACAUAUUCCCCACGCAAAUCAAGCUGCCGAGCGAGCUGUCCAAUGGGAGCUACGUGGGCGGCCUGACCUGGGCCUCGCCCAGCGACCUUUCGGUGACGGUGACCAACCGGGAGCAGACCAAGGCCACCACGGUGCUCUGCCGCGCCCCGCACUUCCAUUGCCAGGCGGUGCACACGGAGGUGACCAUCAACGAUGGCUGGGUCCUGCCGGCGGAGCGGCCCAUCUUCUCGGCCCGCAACCAGGUGCACAAGCAUCCGGCCAGGCUGCUCCAGAAUCCGGAGGAGGUUCAGCCGGAGAGCCAGAAUGUGAGUGCCACGGAGGAGGGCCAGACGACGCACGAGAUCAGCAACGGGGGCUACCUGCUGAAGCGCCUGCCUGUGCGGGAUGGCGAGCACGGGCACUACCGCCAUGUGGUCUUCAUAUCCUCCCUGGACCGCCGCCCCGUCCCGCUGACCAUGGGCCGCUUCGAGGUCACCGAGAUCGUGGGCUGGGAUGAGCCGCACGAGAUCGUCUACUUCAUGGCCGCGCCGGAGAAGAGACCGGGCGAACGGCACCUGUACAAGAUCAAUCUGAAGCUCAAUGUCACCGAGUCGAACCGGACGUACAUCACCUCCUCGUCGCCCACCUGCCUCACGUGCGACAACACCGAGUCCACGUACCGGCUGCACAGGGCCAGGAUCUCGCAGCGGGGCGAUCGGUGGGAGGACAUCGUGGCCCGCUUGGAGCCGGACGACUGCCUCUAUGACAUACCCAAGAACUGCCUGUACAACCGGGUGCAGUUCAGCCAGGACUACAGCUACUACGUGCAGGAGUGCCUGGGUCCCGAGGCGCCGAGUGUUUACCUGGUGGAGACGGCCAGCAAUGACAAGAUCUACGUGCUGAACGCCGGCGACGUACUGCGCCAUCGGCUGUCCCAGCUGGCCGUCCCCCAGUCGCGCACCUUCAGCGUGGAGAUCCGCCAUGGAUUCCACGCCCAGGUGCGGCUCUUCCUGCCACCCGGAAUGCGCGAGGAGGAGGACGUGGCCUUUCCACUGGUUCUCCACGUCGACGCCUCGCCGGGAUCGCAGCUGGUAACGGAGCGCUUCCAUGUGGACUGGAACUGGUACUUGGCCAGCCAGCGCAGCUUCAUCGUGGCCCAGAUCGAUGGGCGUGGCAGUGGCUUCCAGGGCGAACUGCUCCGCACCCAGGUGCACGGAAAACUGGGCACCGUCGAGGUGGAGGAUCAGCUGGGAGUCCUCACAUACUUGCGGGACAACCUGAAGUUCAUCGAUCCCCUGAGGAUCUGCGCCUUUGGCUGGGGCUACGGGGGCUACGCCUCCUCCAUGAUGCUCAUCGACGACUCCCAGCAGGUGCUGCAGUGCGCGGUGGCCAUCAACCCCAUUGUAAACUUCGGAUUCCACUAUUCCUUCUUCACGGAGCGCUACAUUCCGCUGAAGGGCGACUACCUGCGGGCCCUCCAGGAGGCGGACCUCACGAUGAAGGCGGGCAACAUCAAGGGCCGCAACCUGAUGCUGAUGCACGGCACCGCCGACACCCUGGUGCACCAGGAGCACACCCUGAUGCUGGUGCGCGCCCUGGUGGAGCAGCAGGUGAAGUUCCGGCACCAGGUGUACCCGGACGAGGACCACGCCAUCGCCAGGUCGCUGAGCCACGUCUACAAGACGAUGGAGUGGUACUUCGACGAGUGCUUCGGCCCCGUCGACGACAACGAGUGGGACCCCACGGGUCUGUUCGUGUUCAAGCAAUAAUUAAGACCCCCCUACGAUCCUUACGACGAGGAUCCGCUGGCCAACCAGCUCAGCGACAUCGACGUCAUCGGCCCGGCCAGCCGCUCGGACCCGGACGCGGAGGCGGACCCGUCCGGCGACCCCGCCGGCAGCAACCUGUCCACCCUGCUGACCGCCACCACGACGACCGCCUCGCUGUCGGCGCUCGACGAACUGGACAACCGGCUGCAGUCCCUGGACCUGAUCACCUCCUCCACGGCCACCACCCUCAGCAAGGUGGCCGGCAAGCUGUGCAACUACAGCAGCAAGCGCCGGCUCCACCAGUCGGAGGCCGUGCUCGCCCAGAAGUCGCGCAUCCUCCAGCACUAGAGCACCAGAGCACAAGAGCACCGGGGGACUCCUCCUCCUCCGGGCCUCCGUUCGGGAGUGGAUCGGGACUCCUCCGAGUGUCCAGUGUGUGUGUGUCCGAGUGUCCCCGGCGGGCAGAUCCAUCCUCUUCUCACUUUCGACGGGAGUUUGCGGAAGCCUUGUGCAUUUUGCUUAUACUUUUAGGUCCAACGAACUCCAUACAGAUUAGGUGCACUUCACUUAAGUUUUAUUAUUGUUUUAAUUUAAUAUAUGUUAUACUACAUUUUUGAAGUUAGGUACUCCCCCUAUUUGUUAUAAAAAUGAAAACAUAAAAAAGUAGGCCUGGCCUCUUUUUCAAAUAUGUUGAUACAUAAUAUUUUAGUUUUAAAAUAGUUUUUGCGCAAGUGUUUUCCACUAAAAAUAUAUAUAAUUAAGAUACACUAGGUAUUAUAAUUUACAACUUUAUACAUUUUUUUACAAGAUUCCAUUUUUUUAAAGAACAUAAAUGAAUUUAAGUAGGUUAAAGCUUGAGUUUAGCCCUUAGAAAUUGACUUAUCCAAGUCAGUUUUUGAAAAAUAUUCAUCCGAGUAAGAAUAAGAAUAGGAAAAUGUAUUACCUAAUUUAUAAUUAUUUUAUUUCAUGUAAAAUUAGUUCCGCAAACAUUUUAACGAAAGUGAAAAUACGAUAUGUUCUGUUAGUGUGCAAGUGUUGAUUCUCCCAAGGCAUUUAUAUUUAUGGGUUCAGUUUUUGAGGCAAACGUAUUUUAAAACUCAUUGAAACUUGAAAUUUUCAGCAACAUUUUCAAUGUUUAAUAAUAUUAUUUACUAGAAUUGUGGCAUUGUUCAAAAUGAUUUCGCAUUUUCAAGCAUUUUUUGGAUACAAAUUUGCUACUUUAAAACAAGAGCUAGGAUCAAAAUGAUUUACAUUGGUUUAAAGUUCAUGAAAACGACUGUAACAUUUUGUUUUUGGCUUAUAUUAUUUAUAUAUGUUAUGGUAUAUUAUGAUAUUUAGAAACAGGUCGGAAAGGACGCUUAAAUAUGUACUUUUAAGUCGAUUCCUGGUCACUAUGAGUGGCCGUGGGUCGUUCGUUACAAACAAAAUCAAAAGGUCUAUUGGAGCAGUACUUGAGCUCCGAAAACAGUAUAACUUGAUGAUCUUUAGUUAAACCACCUCAUUUGCCGGCGAGAAUCACGAGUGAAUGAUUAUCGGGAAAAGGGGAGUAGAACAAAACCAAAGCAAGGUGAUUCAUUUAUGCGACUGAUUAUUAACAUAUGUGUAUUAAAUAAUUAACCAGACUCACGGUGCGAGGGGGACGAGGCGGCGGAGGUCGAGGUCCUUGACGUAAGGAUGAAAUGUAGGGGACAACCAAAUUGCUAAGGCGAUUGCCAACCAAAUACAGCGCGAUAUGUGUGUGCGUCUUGUGUGUAAUUUGUUUAGGCCUCGUUGUUGUUUCUUUACGUGUUCGUUUCGAUGUGUAUAAGCAUAUAGUUAUAAUUGACUGAACGUUUUUUUUGUAUAUAUUAACGAUUAAAUUUUAAACGAGAGCGAACCGAGGGCGGAAGCGGAAGCGGAAGCGGAAACGAAGCCGCGCUCGAACUCGAAUCCGAAAUCGAGUUCGAAAUCGAAACCCAUUGAAACAAUUGAUUCGUGUCCAGAACAAAGGAUAGGGCGGGGCAGUAUCUUUUAAAAAGCCAACCAGCUUGCGAGUAGCUCGAGUAAUCGAGAAGCGAACCCGAAGCCCCAGCUUACGCCCCUGAAUGUUUGUGAUAGUCGAGAGUAGGCGACUAUAAAAUACCCUGUACACCAACCGAAUCGCUUAGAUAGAUUCCGAUACCGAUACCGAUACCGAUACCGAUCCCCAUCUCGACGUGCAAAGCUUUAAACCUCAUAUCCAUUCGACGCCCGAUGCUGUGGAUACAGGGUAUUGCCGGUGUCCAGCAGCCGAACAGACCUAAUUUUAAAUCUAAAUUGUAAAGUGCGGGUGGGGACGGGAGUGUGCCACACCAAGGACAAGUCCCGGGCUUGCCCAGCCCCCCGAAUCGAAUGGGAUCCAGAGUAUAUAUAUUGCGGGGGGGCAGAGGUGUGCUUAGGCGAGGACCAAGGUGGCAAACAUUUUUUUUUAGAUUUUUUUACCAUUAACAUUAAAGGAUCGAAGAGCAGGCGAAUUCCAUGUGCGAAAUGGGAUUAGUGGUCGAAAGCCUAGGUGUUAAGCGUUGCGUCAAUAAGCGAAAUUUUAUUGUAGCGGGGCCGACGGGCCCCCAGCUCCGGAGCCCAACUAAAGCUAAGAACCCAAAUAAGCCAGCAUAGUCAAGCUUUAAAUGUUGUACACGAGGGGGUCGCAGCCACUUGAGCCCACGUUAACUAAGCCAAAACAAAACAAACCGACCCGAGAGUAAUAAAUGUUAAACCUAACUAACGAUAAACGCAUAUUUAUAAAUGUUUAAACCAGAAUUCUAUAAUAACUAAAGGAAACUAUAUAUGUAAUUGUGCUAAGCCAGAACCUAACGUACUCCCACGUGGAACCAAUGCAGCGCAAGCUAACAGCCAACAGAUACAACACAACUCAUUUCCCUAGAGUACAAAGGACACGAAGGACACCUACUCCUCGGCUGGGCCCAGCGCCACGCCAUCUAAGAGACCAAACUGGACAGUAUUCAGCGAGCGAUUUGGUUUCAAGUCAGCAUCUCAGCGUAGGGUAUUCGGCCGGAAGCGAAACCGAUGCCGAAACCGGAAACGAAACCGGAAACGAAACCGGAAACGAACCGAAUCCAAAUAGACUUAGAGAACGUACGCAGAACUAUGUAUUUCCACAACCAGACACAAGUAUACCAACAGAGAUCCAGCAACUAACGAAAAAGCGAAACAAUAAAGACAUUUUUGUGUGUAUGCAAGUGAG